UUUAAAUGGAUCUGUAAUUUUGAUGAAAAAGAAGGGAGCAAUGAAUCUGUUUUCUUGAAUGUUUUCUAGUGUAUUACCAUUUAUUUAUCUUAGCUAUAAAAAUUUACAUUUCCAAAAGCCUGACUAGGUUUUAUUAAAUCUGAAAAAUAAAUCGCUGAUUGUUUCUGUAAAAACAAUGGAACAGAAAGUAGAGCAGCUGCACUUUAAUAUUAAUACUUAUUUUGAGGAAUUGGGACCCUUCUGGGAAGCUCACCUACAUAUUAUGUUGUUGAAGAUUUCUAAAUAUGGUUUUCUUCUUCUAUGCACGUGCCAAACUGUUUUCUCCCAGCAAAUCUUACUCAGAAUCUGUGAGCUUCUUUUGUGCUUAGCCAGUGGACACUACUCCUUUUUCUUGUGCUAGCCAAGCACUGUGUCUCAUUUGAAUGAUGACAUUAUUGCACUUAUGUUAAGGUCUGUUUUGAGCUUAGAGGAGUCUUGGCUGCCGUUUUCAUCCAUUUAUAGUUAUUUCCUGUUACUUAACCCCUACACAGCACAUAUAGAUGUGUGUUUGUUAUAAUCAGGUUGAUGGCAGUGUUAUUUCUGUGAGCCUGGAGCUGCCCAGUAAACAUGGGGCUUGUGUUUUCAUCCCUUAGUAACCAGCUACCUGCUAAGAACCACUCUGGACCUAGGAAAGUUCGUGCUCUGGAACUCUGAGUCAGAGAACUAAUAGAGCUCAGUGCCAAGGCAGGAGUGGGUCUGAUUUUCACUGAAUGGAGUCAUCCAGUCAGCUGUUCCUUCAAAAUUAAAGCUCAUGGAGACAGCCUUUCUUCUGCACUCAUUGGAGCUACUUAAUCAAGGAUUUAUUUGAAUGUUUGAAGAAGUAGGUACUGACACCCAAUUAAUUGCCCACUACCAACACCAACAACAUCUCCACCUCUGCACUCCCUGCACAAGACAUUCUGAGAGGUCACAGUAAUGAAAGGCAGUAAUAGAAAUAAGGAUCAUUCAGCAGAAGGAGAAGGGGUUGGAAAACGACCAAAACGAAAGUGUCUUCAGUGGCAUCCAUUGCUAGCAAAGAAACUUCUUGAUUUUUCAGAAGAGGAAGAAGAGGAAGACGAAGAGGAGGAUAUUGACAAGGUUCAACUUCUUGGGGCCGAUGGCCUAGAGCAAGAUGUUGGUGAAACUGAAGAUGAUGAAUCACCAGAGCAGCGAGCCCGGAGACCAAUGAAUGCAUUUCUUUUAUUUUGCAAACGCCAUCGCUCUCUUGUACGUCAGGAACACCCCAGGCUUGAUAACCGAGGUGCUACCAAGAUACUAGCUGAUUGGUGGGCUGUUCUUGAUCCAAAGGAAAAGCAGAAAUACACAGACAUGGCCAAGGAGUAUAAAGAUGCAUUUAUGAAAGCAAAUCCUGGCUACAAAUGGUGUCCUACCACAAACAAGCCUGUGAAAUCCCCAACACCCACUGUCAAUCCACGAAAGAAACUUUGGGCCUUCCCAUCUGACUCUUCAAGAGACUUGCCAAGCCCCAAGAAAGCAAAGACUGAAGAAAUGCCUCAGCUUAACUUUGGAAUGGCUGAUCCUACUCAAAUGGGAGGCCUGAGUAUGCUGCUGUUAGCUGGAGAACAUGCUCUUGGCACACCAGAGGUAUCCUCUGGCACAUGCAGGCCUGAUGUUUCAGAAUCUCCUGAAUUACGUCAGAAGUCACCAUUGUUUCAGUUUGCCGAGAUAUCUUCAAGUACGUCCCACCCUGAUGCUUCUACAAAGCAGUGUCAAACAUCCGCCUUGUUUCAGUUUGCAGAGAUUUCUUCAAACACUUCGCAGUUGGGUGGUGCUGAGCCUGUAAAACGCUGUGGAAAGUCUGCACUCUUUCAACUGGCAGAGAUGUGCCUGGCAUCAGAAGGGAUGAAAAUGGAAGAAUCAAAGCUAAUAAAAGCAAAAGAAUCCGAUAGUGGAAGAAUUAAAGAAUUAGAGAAGGGAAAGGAAGAAAAAGAAAUUAAAAGGGAGAAAACAGAUGAAACCAGGUUACAGAAGGAAGCAGAAUUUGAAAAAUCAGCUAAGGAAAAUGUAAGAGAUUCUAAGGAAUUGAGAAAUUUUGAGGCAUUGCAAAUAGAUGACAUAAUGGCUAUAAAAAUGGAAGAUCCCAAAGAAAUUAGAAAGGAAGAGUUAGAAGAAGAUCAAAAAUGUAGUCAUUUUCCUGAUUUUUCUUAUUCUGCCAGUAGCAAGAUAAUAAUUAGUGAUGUUCCCAGUAGAAAGGAUCACAUGUGCCAUCCUCAUGGAAUUAUGAUCAUUGAGGAUCCUGCAGCAUUAAACAAGCCAGAAAAGCUAAAAAAGAAAAAGAAGAAAAGCAAAAUGGAUCGACAUGGAAAUGAUAAAUCCACACCCAAGAAGACUUGCAAAAAGAGGCAGUCUUCUGAGUCUGAUAUUGAGAGCGUCAUAUAUACCAUUGAAGCUGUCGCAAAGGGAGACUGGGGAAUAGAGAAACUUGGAGAUACCCCUCGCAAGAAGGUCCGCACAUCCUCAAGUGGCAAGGGAAGCAUUUUGGAUGCCAAGCCACCAAAGAAAAAAGUAAAAUCAAGAGAGAAGAAAAUGUCAAAGGAGAAAUCCUCAGAUACCACCAAAGAGUCAAGACCUCCAGAUUUCAUUAGUAUUUCUGCUAGCAAGAACAUUUCUGGUGAGGCGCCAGAGGGUAUAAAAGCAGAACCAUUGACGCCCAUGGAAGAUGCACUACCACCCAGCCUAUCAGGACAGGCCAAGCCUGAGGACAGUGACUGUCACAGAAAAAUAGAAACUUGCGGUUCCAGGAAAUCCGAGAGGUCUUGCAAAGGUGCUCUUUAUAAAACCCUGGUGUCUGAGGGCAUGCUCACCUCUCUGCGAGCUAAUGUUGACAGAGGAAAACGAAGCUCAGGAAAAGGAAACUCCUCUGAUCAUGAAGGGUGUUGGAAUGAAGAAAGCUGGACAUUUUGUCAGAGUGGGACCAGUGGGAGCAAGAAGUUCAAGAAGACAAAGCCAAAGGAAGACUGUCUCCUUGGCUCCGCAAAGCUGGAUGAAGAAUUUGAAAAAAAAUUCAACAGCCUCCCUCAAUAUAGUCCUGUUACAUUUGACCGGAAAUGUGUACCUGUCCCAAGAAAAAAGAAGAAGACUGGAAAUGUGUCCUCAGAACCGACUAAAACCAGCAAAGGAAGUGGGGAUAAAUGGUCAAACAAGCAACUCUUCUUGGAUGCCAUUCACCCUACAGAAGCCAUAUUUUCAGAAGACAGAAACACCACGGAGCCUGUUCAUAAGGUUAAAAAUAUCCCAUCCAUUUUCAACACUCCAGAGCCAACAACAAUGCAAGAACCUUUGGUGGGCAGCCAAAAGAGAAAAGCAAGGAAAACCAAGAUUACACACCUUGUCAGGACAGCAGAUGGCCGGGUAUCACCAGCAGGAGGUACUUUGGAUGACAAACCAAAGGAGCAACUGCAGAGGAGUCUCCCUAAAGCAACCGAGACAGACUGCAAUGACGAAUCCUCACACAACACCGAGGUCGAGGAGACGCGGAGCAGUACUCCAGAAAUGCCUGCUGUGUCUGCGUUCUUUAGCCUCGCUGCACUGGCUGAAGUGGCAGCCAUGGAAAACGUGCACAGAGGUCAGAGGUCAACUCCGCUCACCCAUGAUGGACAGCCAAAAGAAAUGCCACAGGCUCCUGUACUUAUUUCCUGCGCUGACCAGUGAAGCGCCCUUUCAUUGUAAAACAUUGUGCUUUACCUACUAUCCUAGCCUUGUCUUUACCGAGGGAUGCUAGUGAGUCCAAGUGGUGGAAAAUAUAGACUGCAAACAAGUGCUUGUUGCCCCACACGGCCCAGAUUCACUUGAAGCAGAAGUUAGCAUCCUGGGCCACUUUGUUCUCUCACAACCCAGAAUAUUUGAGGGUAAGGUUAUCUGUCUGAUACUGAGCAGAAACAGAAUGGUCCUGGAGCUUUGCUUUCUAUUGAAGGCUUUUGAUGGUAAUAGGUGGUAACUUGGUAAAAGGCUGCCUUUACUGUAGCUCAUCCAGCAUCUCUUUUACCAACCAGAGAGUGUGAAACUAGUUUCAUAUAUUACCUAGUUAUUCUUUCAAAACAAAACAAAACAAAAAAACAAAAACUGACGCACUGCACUAGUUAUUAUUAGAUAUUCUUAGUCUUUUUUGUACAUGGAGAUUUAAGUUCUAAGAUGGUUUAUAUAAUAGGUUAUACCUACAUUUAUAUUGUAGAAUAAAUAUUAAAAAGCCUGUUCCAGAGACUCCCAAGCAGCCUGGGCAGGCAGAUGUACCAUUGUUAGUGGUGUAUGCUCGGCCUCGUGGUCCAUAUAUUCUGCACUUUUAUAUUUGCCACCAGAAUGGUAGUUUGCUGGCAAAAAAAAAAAAGAGAGAGAGAGAGAAAAUUACAACUCUUACAAUCUGAAUUUUUUUCUUAGCCUUGAGUGACCAAGAAGAAUUUGCUUGAGGCAAAUUGUGGCAAAUAUUUUCCCAGACAGGGGAAAAGUCCUGCAGAUUACAGAUUACUGAUGUUUUCAUGCCUUGAGGAUUCUUUUAUUUUUACACAGGGGUCUAGGUGACCAAUGGAUUGUUCAUACAAACAAAAAAAAAAGACAAAAAUAUUAUUCAGAAGUGACCUUAGUAUUACUUCACUAUUCUAAACACAUUGAAGACACUUACUUCAUGUGGACUUGGAACUACAGACCUUUUACAUCCAUCACAGAUUGACUGGACGGGUUGCAAUUGCUAUGCACAGCCUAAUUGGCACUGCAGGUUUUUAGAGCCAUUUUGAGUUUGUGUUGUUUAGGAGGUAUUGAGUCAAUGAUGAGGGAGGUAUGCCUGACCAGAGUGGGACUCUCAGUCAUAGAUCCACCUGCAAGUCUCUGUUUCCUUUUUGUGUUUUGUUGCUUUUGAACAUAAAACCAACGAUACAUACGCCAGCGCCAAGUGGAUUAACUGGCUUAGAACAUUCAACAUAUUGACUUAACCACCUGACGUUCACAGUGUCUUGUUUCCUAGCAACAGAUGCAAAGUGAUAAAUCAAAAUUAGUCUGAGGCUACAGAUUUUACAGGGUAUUUGUUCUAUAGCACAAAGUAUUUCCCCACUCUUGCGUCACAGCACAAACUACCAAAUUUUAAUUAUUGGAUUCCAGCAAUAAUUUUUAAUGGUUUUCAAACUGGCGGAAUUUUGACAGUGCUAGUUCGAGUUUGAAGCUUUUGAAUUAGAUCUCUAAAUGGUGACAGUUUACAUGGUUUUAUCUAGCUUUCUUAUUUAUACUUGACUGAAUUGUAAUGAUUUUUUUUCUAAUUGUAAUUUGACUUAAUAGCCAUACAAAAAAUGACUCUAUUCAUACUAGGCUUAGCUUCUCAUGGUUGUAGAUAUUACUUCAGUUCCGGUGCUGGAAAAUAUGUACAACAUACUAACAGGAUUGAAAAAAAUAUAGAGGUUUUUCGUCUUUUUUUUUUUCCAAAGCAGGUAAAGAGGGUAGCAAAGCAUCGGAAUGAUUACUCAAAAAUGCAUAUUCCUGGUGGGGAUGGAGGAAGAAGGAAUUAGUAAAAAGUUAAUCAGAAGUUACAGCUUAACCGCAUUCAUAUAGGAAUAAAUCAAGUGAGCAGUUCCAGACUUUAGCAUAAUAUUUUUACUAUGAUGCUGUUUUAUUAAUAUUUUCUAAAUUUCAAAACAAAAAGUGAAUGUUGGAAAUUGCUGGGUCCCGAUGUUGGUGGCUGUUGGAGUUUUGGACCACUCGCUAGCAGUGAUUUGAAGAUUAUAAUUAGCUAAAAUCCAAAACAAAAAACCAACAACAAAAAUUGUAUGGUGCAGAACAUGCACCUUGACAAUGGUACUUGUUAUUCUAUAGAACACGUUAGAAUAGAUCUAUUUUUGCCAGAGCACCCUCCUUCAGUCCUCCAAUUACAUUUCACUAGAGUUCCUUAAGAGACUGCUGUAUAUUCAUGGGACCUUUUUUAAAAAAAAAAAGCAAAACAAAAGAUUACUUUUUUCUAUGUGAUUAAUAUCUUAAAAAAAAAAAUUUUCCUAAACCUCAGUGGCUUUUCCCUUAGGCAGGGUUGGGGGUGGGAGGGCAACUUACUGGAGAUGACUGUUUUCAGAUACUUUAAAACAAACCUUUUUGUAGAAAUGCUUAAUUUUUAAGCGGUUAGGCACCGAGAGUAGCAGAAAUCCUGCAAAGCUUUAUAGUUCCUUAGACUCACCUUGUCGAUUCUCUGAGUAAAGUCUUGAUUUCAGUAAUUGUGCUUCUUGUGCCCUGAAUCUGCUGGAGAGGAGUGUUGUUAUUUUCUGGUAACAACAUUUGUUAGCACAAAUAUUUCAGACCAAUAUGUAGUGCUCUCCUCCCCACCCCUCGUUAUCAUUUUCAUUUCAUUUCUCUCGUUCUUUUUAUUUUGGAAAAUCAUAUUGCUAUAGUGUGUACUUUAAUCUGCCAGCAGAUACCAUCUACACUAACAUUUGUCCCACAGCAUCCUCAAGAGAAGAAGUUGUUGCACCUUAUAUAUAUCUCAAGCAAACCAAAAUAUGAUGCUCUUCUGCUUUGUUUUAUUCUAAAUUGUUGUAUCAUAUCUUUCUGAAACCAUUCUGAAUUUAGUUGAAAUUAUCAAUAUUUAUGCUUUUAACCUUAAUUUCUGGAUUCAAGCCUGUAUAUAAAUCUUUUGAAAAAAAAAAAUUGUCCUAGCCCUUCUCUGCGAUGCUGGAAGUAGAAGAUUUCGUCUCAGAUGGAGACGCAGUACUGUUCCAGUUUUCUUUAGCCUUUUAUUUAUUUAGUUAUUCUGGGUAUUUCCUAUGUAAUUUUGAAGUGUGUAGAGUAUAUUAUAGUAACUGAAGCUGCAGCUCUAAGAAGCUGAGUGAAAGAAAAAAUACUGUAAGACAUCCUUAAAGUUUUUAUUUGUUUGGGUACUGUAUAUGAGAUCAGGAAAAAGAGAAAUGUCCCACAGCCACAUUGGAAAUACAGGUUCUUGUCCCCAAAUUAGGUUAGUUCCCAGAUUUUAGAUCAAAACUGUUAAUUCAUUAAAACCCCUUUUAAAAGAUAAAUUCUACUGUUGUAAUUCCGAUAGUCAUUUUCCCCACAAAUAUCAGAAAUGUAUUUAUUUAAUUCUGUCAGACGAGCUUUCUCCCGAUGCCGUGUCCCAAAGCGUGUUAAAAUAAUUCCAACGUUAGCAGUGUGAUUAUACUUCCUGCCACUAAAAUUGCUGGAGAAACAAAAUAAUGAUGGAACACUAUGAACAAAAAGGAGCAUCUGAACUGGUCUGGUUAUUUAGAAUCCAAUGUGUUCAAAUCCUUUUGUUUUCUUAUUAAGUCAGAUGCUACUGUAAGUCAGAUAAAAUUUUGUUUGCACUCUGCAGUCUUUGGCUCAAUGUAUGGAAAUGUUUGCACCUAUGUAAAGUCUCAAGCUAAUUACACAUUGCUACAGAACAGGAGUAAGCUGAAAACUGAAUGCCAUGUUUUGUUUAUAAGGUGGGGAGGGGAGGGGAAAUACCAAAAAGCUCUGUUCCAAGUUUGGCAUUUGACAUUAAUGUGAAGCAGUGGGACCAUGCUGCCUGCUAAAACUACUGUAUGAAUUGUAAGUGUUCUGAAGACGAGCAGCUGGAGGCUGGAGGAUGGCAUUCCACACAGCAAAGGAGAAGCACCACCACUUCGUCUGGGAAAAGGAAGGAAAUUGCGGGAGGCCUGGAUCCAUCAUUUGUAAAGGGGAUGUCGCGGGGUGUGAUGCUGUUGAGGAGAUUCACCUUCGAUUGCACUGCUCCACAGAGCCCUCAUGUAAGGCCAAUCCUAAUGGGCUACCUCGGCUUUAAAAGUUCAUUUCAGUAAGUCCUGUUUCAAAAGUUUGUCCUUUUUUGCUUCUACCUUCAGUGCCACUAUUUUCCACUGCAGUGUUUUGACUUCACAAACCGCCUCCUCCAGAGAGAACAAUGUAUUGCUGAAAAUGGGCAGUAGAAGCAAAUGCUAUUGUUACAUUUGACCUAUAAAGUAUUCAGAGUGACUGCUAGGUAGAAAUUAAAACUUAGCUUUCCCAAAUAGCUCCUUAUUUUGCACCUUAUAAAAAGUAUACUAAUUGUUAAUUAGAUGUUGCUUUUGUUUAUACAAGCAUUCCCAAAGAACUAGAUUUGGAUUUUGUUUUGAGUUUUGGAUUUUUAAAAAUUAUCUGAUUUAGAUUGACUAACAGCAUACUUACAAUUUGAAAAGAAGCUGUUGUUCAGUUCAUCUUACCAGAUGUGUCUGGCGAAGUAUUCAGGGUUUGAUGGACUGCUUUACUUUCGUUUGGAAGUGAUAGCUAAGUUUAUUAUACUCUAUAUUAAACAACUUUGUUCAUUUCACUGAGGACCUUAUCUUCCUUAUAUUUCAGAACAAAGAAACAACAAGCAUGAAUAAAAAGACAAAUGUAUUUGACUUCCUCAUAAUCCCCAUCUGUAUGUGCUACCCUUUCCUUCAAAUAUAUAAAUGUGCAUCUUUUUUAAAAAACAAAAAACAGAGGUUCCUCUUCUGGCCAAAUUUGAUCUAUGGUGGUAUGAUUUAUACUGUUAAACUGAGAGAGGAAACCUUGUGGUUGAAAAUUCUGUGGCCGCUGUUUUCUUUUUGCAGUCAGCGGUCAAAACUGAUCAUGCCCUUAAAUCGAUUUUUAUGCACAGAACUGGUUAUUGUGAACAUUACUACUCCCUCCAAAGAUUUCCUGAUAACUUGGGCCAGAGCUGGUUACUGAGUAACAAGGAUCUAAUUCAAUGCCUCAAAACUCUUCCACCCACAAUGCAAAUCUUACCUCACAAGCGCUAACCUAAAUCAUAGAGACAUGCAUGUUCAUGCAUUAACACUGAUUUUGCUCUGUGGCCCCCCAGAUGGGUGGGCUCACGUCCCCUGACUCCUCACAUGAGUGCCUCAGCUCUAAGAGCCGUGGAACGGGGGGUAGGGAAGGUUUGCCAUCUGGAGCUCAGCAACUGGCUCAGCAAUGUUUUUUCCAUUUCAUUAGCACUAAACAAGUCUCUUGUUCUCAGGAAUUUGUCAGAAAAAGAAUAAAAUCACCUGAGACUCCACAUACCAGAUUAUAAACUCUUCUCAUAGGUUUGAAUUGCUUACUCACAUGUCAUAAAUUAACCACAGCUUCAUUUGACCACCAGGUCUAAAGUCUGUUGACAGUUUCAGCAUGACUGAAUCGCUCAUAUGUUUUUUUUUUUUGUUUUCUUUUUUUUUUCUUUCAGAAAUUGGCUUGGUUCUCUUUUUUUUUUUUAUAAACUUUUUUUUUAAUAAAUGAUUUCCACUUAAUGGUACAACAGAAUUAUUGCUUUCUUAGAUGUAUGUGUAGUAAAAGUCAAUAUACACAUUUAUAUAAUUUCUUUCUUCAAAAUCUUAUACCUAAUUUGAUAUUUCUAAAAAUUGCACAUGUAAGUCAUGUGUAUAACAUGCUAAAGUACUUUAACUGUGAUCUUAAAACUGAAUAAAAAUAUUUAAUAAAACUUUGAAAUAUUUUAAAGA